GCUCACCGACGGCGAUCCUCCGACCCCCAGGCGCUAUCAGCCACACAGGAGGGAUUUUACCGACAGUUAUAGCCUUUUUACUUAACACGUCCAAUUUAUCAGUGUGAUCGUUCAAAAUCUGCACGUUUUCGGUUUGGUAUUUCUCUCUGCUCGGACUUAAUCUCACUAAGACAUGGUGCAACGGGUAGAUCGUAAGGAAACGGCUUCGUUGUUUUUUGUGUAGCACACACACACACAUACACACACACACACCUAUGAACUUGGGAUACCGGUGGAUUUUACACAAAGAACAAAAUAAGAUGCCUGAUAAACUCGCGGAGAAUCACACGUCGACGCCAUUGAGAGGAUCUGCGUUUUUUAUCGAGAACUUGCUUGGCUCAGAUCGCAGCAAACCUCCUGUUUGUCCUGUCAAACACAUCCUAAAUGGCGAAGGACACAGAGAGACGACACACACGACAGAGCAAUACCAGGAAGUGUGUAAUGAAGAGUCCAACACACACUCCGAUAUGGAAAUAUGUCGGAAAGGCUCACCACCCUCGCUCUGGUACAGGAGGGACUCCCUGAAUCUCGGAGCUCUAGAGAGAUCUGAGAGUCCGAAAGGGGGAAUCCGUAGUUCAUACGAACACAUCGACUCCGUGUCCAGCGACAGGGACAGGGACUCCCCGGUCGUGUCUGAAACACCAGGCGCAGACCGCACGCGCGAAGCGACUGACAGCAGCAUCGCGGAUGAAGCGCGAGGGCUCUCAGAUGAGGGCGCGCAUCCUGACACCACCGAUUCCGGCUUAGUGAGGAAGAAGAAAACUCGGACCGUGUUCAGCAGAAGCCAGGUGUUCCAACUGGAGUCCACAUUUGACGUGAAGCGGUACCUGAGCAGCUCAGAGCGCGCAGGCCUCGCCGCGUCUCUACAUCUCACCGAGACACAGGUGAAAAUCUGGUUUCAGAACCGGCGGAAUAAGUGGAAGAGACAGCUGGCUGCAGAACUGGAGGCUACCAGCGUUUCGCACUCAUCUCGGCGCAUCGUGCGCGUCCCCAUUCUGUAUCAUGAGAGUGCCACGUUGGGCCUCAAUGUGCCGCAAGUGUCGCCUCCAAUCGUGGGCUUUACGAGCUCAGUGAGCUACCCACUCGGUAAUUUCACUCACUCCGUCAGUCUUCUGAGGUCCCAGCUAACAGGACUUGUCUAAAAUCACGGAAUGAAAGAUGAUGGACAGUCGUACACGAUUGAGUUUAUCUUAUUACUGAAGUGCAAUAACACACAUGGCCACAGAACCAUCCAAAGAUCUCACAUAAUAUGAUUAAAGCGCAAAUCUCCCAGGUAAUUAAUAAUGAAUACCUAGUGUUUAAUUGUCUCCUAGAAUUAGGCUGUACAUAUCCAACUGGCCAAAUAAAUACACUCUUCUGUUGUCCCUCUGGAGAAGCAUUAAUAGUUCUCUGUAGAACUACAACAGUGUUUCUUUUUCGGAAGAAUUCAUUGUUCAAUGAGCCAUUUUUUCUAAGAGUGCACAAUUUAUUAAACAAUGGGAAGUUUACUGUAUAUAUACAGUAAAUAACAGAAAUAUUUUAUUUUCAAUGUUAUUUGUAAAGUCUAAAGCAGUCUAUGCAUGGGGAACCAGGCCCUCCUAUUGGCCUAUAUGUAUUUAUUUCAGAUUUGCUUUGUAAAAAAAAUAUUUUUUAUUCAGAUACACUUAUU